GCGCUGACUGCGAACACCACCGCAACUCAUAGCGAGCGCGUUCUCGGUUCGGUGCGAGCAACCUUUCGUCGAGGGACAUGAUGGCCAUCAACCCAGGGUUCCGUCCUAAGGUGUCUCUUGCGCAAGCAGACCAACUUCGGGCUGUGUGUAAGCGGUCCAUGCAGGAGUUGCUCCAAAUGGCGUCGGCCUGCGAUGCCCCCGACAGUCGCGCACUCCACUACACGACAAUGCCGCCCAAGACCACGAACGAAGACGUGAUGACACUGUGUGUAUCUGCAACACUGCACGCGAGCCUCGAUGACAUCCAGGACAUCAUGUUGUCGCGCAUUUCGCGCACUCGCGACAGUCACGAAUUUGCCAAGGCGACUGAAACCCAUGUAAAAGGAUCGCAACUGCUCAUGAAGAUCAACGAAAAUCUCACGUUGAACUGGGCCAUGAUCGAAAGCAUGAGCGCCGUGAUGCGGGAUCGUGACUUUGUCUACGUCCAGAGCCGAGAGUUUCGAACCAUCAACGGCCGACCGACAUGGAUAUCAUGUACCAACUCGGUCGCUAUCGACGGCGCACCGCCGCUCGACACGUCCGUGUACGACAUCGUCCGUGGUGGCAUCUACUCGUCAGGUUACGUGUUCACGGAGCAGCCAGACCACAGCGUCCAUGCGGUCUAUGUGCUCCAAGUCGACUUCAAGGGCAAAUCCCCCCGGUUCAUGGCGAAAUCGACGCUCAAGAACUGGGGCAACGCACUAGGCCGCAUACAAGCGUUCUUUGAGUCCCGACAGCUCGGUCGGAUCUCGGAUUUUAUCCUGAGCGACCUCCAAGUGAAGAACUACCGCCUUGGCAUGGAAUGCCACGUUUGCGGCGCCGACUCAUUUGGGAUCCUCGGCAAAAAACCAGACAACUGCCGCAUCUGUGGCGAAGUCGUGUGCGCGCGAUGCGUUGAGAAAAAGCCUGUCCCUCUGAAGCACGGCCCGGUCAACUUGAGUCUGUGUCGAGCCUGCUUGGACACGUCAUUGUCGCCAGAAUGCUUUUCCCCAACCAUUCGCCGCGUGGGCAGCCGGCGAUCCAUCUCGUCGUCGUCGUCCGCCAGGGCCAUUGAAGACAACGCGCCCCGACGCGAACGCAUCCAAGAGCCAACCGAGACGAUUCUACUCCCAGGACAUCUUCUCCGAAAACGUCAGUCGUCUGUGAGUCGAUCACGGCGCUCCAUCUCAACAGAGCUUCCCCCGCCACACAUUACCAAAGACAUCCCAGACAACCUCGACGUGCUCAAUAAGUUGUUUUAAGUGAUUUGCUAUGCAGUACGACAUCUUCCACGCCCUGGCUUCGUUGGCCAAAGCCAUGGAGAGGCUUUAACGGCCAAGCCAA